AUGACGAUGUCUGACUUCGUAGAUGACUCGACUUUGCGUUUGGCGGGUCGUCUCGAUAUGGACUCUGAAGUUGAUGGUAAUGUAACUGAAGAAGCCCUAGAACAGUUGCGUAAAGGUGUUGAGCUAAAAGAUGGUAUGACUUUACCUGCGCAAGCGAAUAAAGUUGAACAACCUGAAUGGUUAUGGGAUCGUGAUCCACCUGUCGUAACCGUCAAGUCCGUCGUAUGA